GGUAAAACUGGUGGUAAGGCGAGAGCGAAGGCCAAGACUCGCUCAUCCAGAGCAGGGCUGCAGUUCCCCGUCGGUCGUGUUCACAGGCUUCUGCGCAAAGGUAACUACGCAGAGCGCGUCGGUGCCGGAGCUCCCGUUUAUAUGGCGGCUGUGCUCGAGUAUCUUACCGCCGAGAUCCUGGAGCUGGCUGGAAACGCCGCCAGAGACAACAAGAAGACCCGCAUUAUUCCCCGACACCUGCAGCUGGCGGUGCGCAAUGAUGAGGAGCUGAACAAA